CAUCCUUCAACCCCUCCCGGGGAUAUACUGGGAGCAGCUCUUUCCUCCCCUCCUCUCCUGCUUCCUCGCCUUCCCUCCUCCAAGUCCUUCCAGCCCCCAGCAGCUGCUGGAGGAGGCGGUCGCAGCACAGCCUCCGCCUCUGAAGCAGUGACUGUCCCGAAAGAGGCUGGAGGCAGCACUACUCCCGGAGGCUGGACCACGCGUGAGCAUCCUCAAGGCUCCCAGGUCCGGAGCGCCUAGAUCUGGCGGCGCUCGCCAGCAGGAGCUGGACGCUAGAUCUCUCCGGGGCGGCCCCUCCCGGGUGGCCACGGCCUCAGCUCAGCCCCUCCCUCUUCCCUUGCUUCUUCUCUUCGCCCUCCUCCUCGCUCCCUCACCACGUAGGAGUUCCCAUUCUCCACCCAAGCCGUCCUGCCUUCCCCCUUUCCUUCCUUUUGGAAACCAGAGACUCCGAGGGAGGCGACCAGGCUGCGGAGGAGAGGGCCGGCUCACAAAGUGCUGCUUUGACACAUCCUUAGGAUGGAAGUUAAGUGAAAACAGAACCACACAAAACAAAACUCCGCGAAGUGUUGCUGCUACGGAGGAGACCAAGGGGAGAGAAAACCCGGUGGGCAGGUCAAUGGUUGCUCCGCAGCGCGUUGGCAAGUUUGUGGAACACUUUCUAGGAAUUAGGUCUUUUUGGUACCCCCAUCAUCUUCUUGACUUCCGAAGAAAGAAGUUGUGUUUGGAUUGCAAUGGAGUCUAAAGAGACAGGGCUAGGCGCACGUGAAUAGUCCCGCCAGCUGGGCUGAAUUUGUGGGAAUUUAGGAAGCCAGCCUGUGGAAGUGCAGCGGCUCUGGAGUCCCCUGGGUUCAUUCGGAUGGCACCUAAAGCGUCCCAUAUCAGAUCUCUUCACCAACAGCUUCCGAUGUUGCCAUUUUGCUCUUCUUGACCUUAAUUAAUCUCUAGGAAAGUCUAAACUUCGGACCUACCUCUUUUUUUGAUACUUAUUUUUGUACUUCUGCUCUCUGGGAUUGGUUUAUUAAACAACCUGGAUCCUUUUUCAUAUAUCACAAUGAAUCCUCUGAUGUUUACACUACUAUUGCUCUUUGGAUUUCUCUGCAAUCGGAUUGAUGGAUCUCGUCUUCGUCAAGAAGACUUUCCCCCCAGGAUCGUAGAACACCCUUCUGACGUCAUCGUCUCCAAGGGAGAGCCCACCACUCUGAACUGUAAAGCAGAGGGCCGGCCCACUCCCACCAUUGAAUGGUACAAGGAUGGUGAGAGGGUGGAGACAGACAAGGAUGACCCCAGGUCCCACAGGAUGCUUCUGCCCAGCGGAUCCUUAUUCUUCUUGCGAAUUGUUCACGGGCGCAGAAGUAAACCGGAUGAAGGGAGUUACGUUUGUGUUGCAAGGAACUAUCUUGGUGAAGCAGUGAGUCGAAAUGCAUCUCUGGAAGUGGCAUUAUUGCGAGAUGACUUCCGGCAAAACCCCACAGAUGUGGUAGUUGCAGCUGGAGAGCCUGCAAUCUUGGAGUGCCAGCCACCACGGGGACACCCAGAACCAACCAUCUACUGGAAAAAGGACAAAGUCCGAAUUGAUGACAAGGAAGAGAGAAUAAGUAUCCGUGGUGGGAAGUUGAUGAUCUCCAAUACUAGGAAAAGCGAUGCUGGCAUGUACACCUGUGUAGGAACCAAUAUGGUGGGAGAAAGGGACAGCGACCCUGCAGAGCUCACUGUCUUUGAACGACCCACAUUUCUCAGGAGGCCAAUUAACCAGGUGGUGCUAGAAGAAGAGGCUGUAGAAUUCCGUUGUCAGGUCCAAGGAGAUCCCCAGCCAACGGUGAGGUGGAAAAAAGAUGAUGCAGACUUGCCAAGAGGAAGGUACGAUAUCAAAGACGACUCUACCCUGAGAAUUAAAAAGGCCAUGAGUACAGAUGAAGGUACCUAUGUGUGUAUUGCUGAGAAUCGGGUAGGAAAAUUGGAAACUUCUGCUACCCUCACUGUCCGAGUUCGCCCUGUUGCUCCUCCACAGUUUGUGGUUAGGCCAAGAGAUCAGAUCGUUGCUCAGGGCCGGACAGUGACAUUCCCCUGUGAAACUAAAGGAAACCCACAGCCAGCUGUUUUUUGGCAGAAAGAAGGCAGCCAGAACCUACUUUUCCCGAAUCAACCUCAGCAGCCCAACAGCCGGUGUUCAGUGUCGCCCACAGGGGACCUCACCAUCACGAACAUUCAGCGUUCAGAUGCGGGUUACUACAUCUGCCAGGCCCUAACGGUGGCAGGAAGCAUUUUAGCUAAAGCACAGCUGGAAGUUACUGACGUUUUGACAGAUAGACCUCCACCCAUAAUCUUGCAAGGACCAAUAAACCAAACACUUGCAGUAGACGGUACAGCACUGCUGAAAUGUAAAGCCACUGGUGAGCCUCUGCCUGUAAUUAGCUGGCUAAAGGAAGGCUUUACUUUUCUGGGGAGAGAUCCAAGAGCCACGAUCCAAGACCAAGGAACACUGCAGAUUAAGAAUUUACGGAUUUCUGAUACUGGUACUUAUACUUGUGUGGCUACAAGUUCCAGUGGGGAAACUUCCUGGAGUGCAGUGCUGGAUGUAACAGAAUCUGGAGCAACAAUCAGUAAAAAUUAUGAUAUAAAUGACCUCCCAGGACCACCAUCCAAGCCUCAGGUCACUGAUGUUUCUAAGAACAGUGUCACCUUAUCCUGGCAACCAGGUACACCUGGAGUUCUUCCAGCAAGCGCCUAUAUCAUUGAGGCUUUCAGCCAAUCGGUGAGCAAUAGCUGGCAGACAGUGGCAAACCAUGUUAAGACAACUCUCUAUACAGUAAGGGGACUGAGGCCCAACACAAUCUACUUGUUCAUGGUCAGAGCAAUCAACCCACAAGGUCUCAGCGAUCCAAGUCCUAUGUCGGAUCCUGUACGCACACAAGAUAUCAGCCCCCCAGCACAAGGAGUGGACCACAGACAGGUGCAGAAGGAGUUAGGUGAUGUCGUUGUUCGUCUCCAUAAUCCAGUUGUCCUGACACCUACAACUGUUCAAGUCACAUGGACGGUGGACCGACAACCCCAGUUUAUUCAGGGCUACAGAGUGAUGUACCGUCAGACUUCUGGACUACAAGCCUCAACUGUGUGGCAGAAUCUAGAUGCCAAAGUCCCGACAGAGAGGAGUGCCGUCCUUGUGAAUUUGAAAAAGGGAGUGACUUAUGAAAUUAAAGUCCGUCCGUAUUUUAACGAGUUCCAAGGAAUGGACAGUGAAUCGAAAACAGUCCGAACCACUGAGGAAGCCCCAAGUGCCCCUCCCCAGUCUGUCACGGUGCUGACAGUUGGAAGUCAUAACAGCACAAGCAUUAGUGUUUCCUGGGAUCCUCCACCAGCAGACCACCAGAAUGGAAUUAUUCAGGAAUAUAAGAUCUGGUGUCUGGGAAAUGAAACACGAUUCCAUAUCAAUAAAACUGUGGAUGCAGCCAUUCGCUCUGUCGUAAUAGGUGGCUUGUUCCCUGGAAUUCAAUACCGGGUGGAAGUAGCAGCUAGCACAAGUGCAGGGGUUGGAGUAAAAAGUGAACCACAGCCGAUAAUAAUUGGGGGACGUAAUGAAGUUGUCAUUACUGAAAACAAUAACAGCAUCACUGAGCAAAUCACUGAUGUCGUGAAGCAACCGGCAUUUAUAGCUGGCAUUGGUGGUGCCUGCUGGGUAAUUUUGAUGGGUUUUAGCAUCUGGUUGUAUUGGAGAAGAAAGAAGAGAAAGGGACUCAGCAAUUAUGCUGUAACAUUUCAAAGAGGAGAUGGAGGACUAAUGAGCAACGGGAGCCGUCCAGGUCUUCUAAAUGCUGGCGAUCCCAAUUACCCAUGGCUUGCUGAUUCGUGGCCAGCCACGAGUUUGCCAGUGAACAAUAGCAAUAGUGGCCCAAAUGAAAUUGGAAAUUUUGGGCGUGGAGAUGUGCUGCCUCCAGUUCCAGGCCAAGGGGAUAAAACAGCGACCAUGCUCUCAGAUGGAGCCAUUUAUAGUAGUAUUGACUUCACUACCAAAACCACUUACAACAGUUCCAGCCAAAUAACACAGGCCACCCCAUAUGCCACUACCCAGAUCCUGCAUUCCAACAGCAUCCACGAACUGGCAGUUGAUCUUCCUGAUCCACAGUGGAAAAGUUCCGUUCAACAAAAGACAGACCUCAUGGGAUUUGGUUAUUCCCUACCUGAUCAGAACAAGGGGAACAAUGCCUUACUUUACAUCCCUGACUACCGAUUGGCUGAGGGAUUGUCUAAUAGAAUGCCACACAACCAGUCACAGGAUUUCAGCACCACCAGCUCUCACAACAGCUCAGAAAGGAGUGGCAGUCUCUCAGGUGGGAAAGGUGGAAAAAAGAAGAAAACUAAAAAUUCUUCAAAAGCGCAGAAAAACAACGGAUCCACUUGGGCUAAUGUCCCUCUACCUCCUCCGCCUGUCCAGCCUCUUCCUGGUACAGAGCUGGGCCACUAUGCUGCGGAACAAGAAAAUGGCUACGACAGUGACAGCUGGUGCCCACCACUACCGGUGCAAACAUACUUGCAUCAGGGUAUGGAAGAUGAGCUGGAAGAAGAUGAAGAUCGGGUCCCGACGCCUCCUGUUCGCGGUGUGGCCUCUUCGCCAGCUAUCUCCUUUGGACAGCAGUCCACUGCCACUCUUACUCCAUCCCCACGGGAAGAGAUGCAACCCAUGCUGCAAGCUCACUUGGAGGAGUUGACAAGGGCCUAUCAGUUUGAUAUAGCAAAACAAACAUGGCACAUUCAAAGCAAUACUCCACCUCCACAACCCCCAGUUCCGCCAUUAGGUUAUGUGUCCGGAGCCUUGAUUUCUGAUUUGGAGACAGAUGUUCCAGAUGAGGAUGCUGAUGAUGAAGAGGAACCAUUAGAAAUUCCCAGGCCCCUCAGAGCACUAGACCAGACACCUGGAUCCAGUAUGGACAAUCUAGACAGCUCUGUCACAGGUUCAAUGGUAAAUGGAUGGGGCUCUGCAUCUGAUGAGGAUCGUAACUUUUCUAGUCAUAGAUCUAGUGUAGGUAGCUCCUCAGAUGGCUCCAUCUUUGCCAGCGGCAGCUUUGCAAAAGCAUUGGUGGCAGCAGCAGAUAAAGCUGGCUUUAGGCUGGAUGGAACCAGUCUUACGAGAACAGGAAAAGCCUUUACCUCCUCUCAAAGGCAGCGGCCCACCAGCCCAUUUUCUUCGGACAGUAACACCAGUGCUGCCCAGAAUCAAAGCCAGAGGCCUCGGCCCACGAAAAAACAUAAGGGAGGGCGGAUGGACCCACAGCCAGUGUUACCUCAUCGGAGGGAAGGGAUGCCAGAUGAUCUUCCCCCACCACCAGAUCCCCCACCAGGUCAGGGUUUAAGGCAGCAGAUAGGACUGAGCCAGCACUCUGGUAACGUGGAAAACUCAACAGAGAGAAAAGGAAGCUCUCUAGAGAGACAACAAGCAGCCAACUUAGAAGACACAAAGAGCUCAUUGGAUUGUCCAGCUAAAACUGUUCUAGAGUGGCAGCGUCAAACCCAGGACUGGAUAAACUCUACAGAACGCCAAGAAGAAACUCGGAAAGCCCCACACAAACAAGGGGUUGGAUCAGAGGAGUCCCUGGUGCCCUACAGCAAGCCCAGCUUCCCAUCUCCUGGGGGGCACAGCUCAUCUGGAACAUCCUCCUCUAAAGGGUCCACUGGCCCUCGGAAGGCCGACGUGCUGAGGGGCAGCCACCAGAGGAAUGCCAAUGACCUUCUUGACAUUGGAUAUGUGGGCUCAAAUAGUCAAGGACAGUUUACAGGUGAAUUGUAGUAACUGAGAGGGGAUAUACAAAGAUGCUCUGAGGACCAUCAGGUCCACACUCAUGGAAGUGAUAACAUUUAACAGUGCAAUGAACAAUUUCUUUAUUUAUGUACUAUUAAAAAAAACUGUAAAUGCAAUGUAAAGACACACAGCCACACAUAUUCCACAGUUAUUUUCUUGUGUUCUUCUCUUACUUACACCACCCACCUUAACUCUUUCUUGUCAGGAGUAUAUAAGAAAAAGAAAGAAAACAAAACUCACCCUCCAGGAAGAAAAGGAUUUUCCUCUGUAUAUAAUUUCUUUUGUGCAUUGCUAUGCAAGCUCACUCUUUUUAACUCUGUUGAUAUUAUUGUCUGUUCUGAUUGGUCUGUUGUACUAUAUGUGAAUUAAUGGGCUGUGGUGCCAUAUAUUAACUUUUAAUUGUGUAACUUUUUAUGUUUAAAUUUUGCACUGCGAUUUUAUUUGGUGAUAAGCACAAAUCUCUACUCCUCAUGACAUGAAGAAAAGAUUGAAUGUGAAGGGAGUUUUCUGUACUGUAAGUUAGGUUGGAUAAUGCUGGUGUAACCAAUCCUGUUAGAUGGUUUUCAGUUGGGGGUGUAGAAUUAGGAAGAUCGAAGGAAUGAUGGUGUUGGCAAAGUCUUGAAACAACAGAUAUUGAGUCAAUUUUAAGAAGCAGAAAGAUGGAUACUAUUGACUAAAGCAGGGGUCAAAAGAAGGGGGUUUAAGUCUAGACAAAGUAUGUAAUAAAGUAUGGUGGUAGCAAAGAUGUACUAACUUGCUUUAAAAAUAUUAUUAAAGUUUUAUUUAGAAUGAACUUUACUUGCCAUUGUAAUUAACCCAUCUUAGAAUUACAAUGAGCAAAAUAAAAAUCAAGGUGUUUCAAGAGAUCUGUAUUUAUAUUACAGCUUUUAAAAAAUAGCAGUUUUGAAUAACCAUAAUUAAUCUCUCCAACUCAUUAAGUCAGACUAUAACAUGGAGUUCUCCAAGGAAACAAA